AUGCCUGCUCUCUACAACAUUCCAUCGCCGUUUGCUCUCAUUUCUAGUACGUUCCAUUUUGAUACCCGAAUCCUCAGGCUUGUCACCACCCUGGGCAAUUCCCUGUCACAACCUGGCACGAUCACGCUGCAUUUUCAGUCAGAACCCCAAAUUCUACUUUUCCGACUGCCACCAUAUGUCGGUUCCGACUGUUAUGAAUCAUCGGUUCAGAGGAUCGAUGCAAACUUGAAGGUGGUUUGUUGGAUCGUUGAGAGUAUUUUGGAGAAGUAUAGUUAUCAGUGCGGCUUCUAG